UUCCGGUUACGGCAAGCAGUGUUCGCGCCGUAAAGCAGGCCCGGUUUGGGUUCACAUACUCACGGAGAAAUUUAACGGCAUUUCCAGCUGCUGUUGGAUUGCUGUAAGACAAGUCGUUGAUCAGCUGAUGACUGGGCAAUAUUUGCACUACUGCAACCUGCUUAAAAAACCCAGAAAUCGGCUGAUGAAUUCUUAUUGCAGUUAGCAUUUUUUACAUUGCGCUUGCUGAAAUUUUAAAGUUGAAUUUAUGGGACCCAUCAAAAUGUGGAGUAUUGUGUGUUUUGUUGGUCUGAUAUCGUGGACGGUGGCCGAACCGGAAAUCGUUGGAGUUCAACAAGGUCCGGGAAAUAACGAGGUGGUGGAAGCGUUGAAUGAGUUUAUGAGGAAUUUGGGGAACAACAUUAAUCAAAAUGCGGACUGCUUGCCGGGCACGCAGCCUGGGUUGUAUGCCAACAUAGCGUCCGGUUGCCGCAAUUAUUACAGGUGUGACUUGGAUAACAAGCGAACGAAUUUUGAGUGUCCCACCACAACGUUGUUCAAUCAGAUGACACUCAAAUGUGAUACUCCUCCCGCGGUGUCCUGUGGUUGGUCAUCGCAGCUGGCCUCCAUUGCCAAUAGUCAAGUGGCUCAAGCCCUUCCCACUAAUUUCGUCGCUUCCCCGGACGACAGUAUGAACGACAACGAAGCCGCGCCGCGUGCCAAGCGUGCCGUCUGGGCGUCACGUGACGACUCCGACGCGGACACCACGCCGCGACCUCGUGGCCGUUCCAACAGCGGCUCCAGUGGCAGUGCCAACCCCUCCGCCCGGCAGUCCAGUGGGGGUGGUGCUAGUGGCUCCGUCUCGGGCACGGGACAAAACUUUGGAGUGCGGGGCAACGCCCAGCGCGGCAGCUCCCACAGAGUGACGGAACACCGGGUUUCCUCAGGAGCCGGUAAUCCGCCAGCAUGGACCUUCUCGCCGGAGAUGGAGGAGGGACUGAAUGGGGAUUGGUCGGAUGACUGGUAAUGGGGACGGGAGCGUUGUUAAUUUGCCAAAGAUUAAAAUGUUCUGUGUAAAUUAAAGUGGCUGUCUGGCUAAGAAAUAAUCGUAGCGGUGAGUACGUUGCCUACUGGGGAGGCGGUAGCAUAUUUUUCUAACGCGAGACUUGUUGCAAUGGAAAAUUAAACUGUCGUACUACGCAGUAUGGACUGAUUUAUUGAAAUUAUUAUUAUUAAAUGAUUAUGUUCGGGGGAAA